UACCUGCAACUGGUUUUGCUGUAAACUGUAGGUAAAUCCUUGCUCUGCCGCUAUGCUGUUUCACAGUAGUUUGUAUCGGUGGAGAACACUUCAGGGGAUCAUUUGGUCUCCGGAUCGUCUGAGAAGACCAAAGAUCAUACCUUUGAUUUAUAGGCUAUUAUGUGAUUAUAUCAUUUACGUUUUGGCAAGCUAAUUUUUAUAUCAAUUGGCACACAGGAUGGAUACAAAUCAAAGUCAACGCUUAUAUUAGCCUAUAAUAGUCAUAUGGAAGAACAUUAGUUUCAAAGGGGAAAAUCAAGUUAAAUGGCGUGCUACCAUUGGCGGUGGCGGCGUGUUCUCCUAUGCCUGUGCUGUACUCCAGGUGUCCUGGUGGGAUCUCUCUGUGUGUACGUCACCCUGGCUGUGUGCUAUGGUACUACCACCACCACAGGCCCAGGCGUUGCUGCCCCUAUCCCACAAACUCCACCAGAGCGCUUCAUUGCACUGGGGUUAACCAGUAAUGGCACCGUGGCCCCCCAUCCCACCAGCUCCUUCUGGGACCCCAAGCCCCACGGAGAAGCCCUCUGGAACCUGCUCCAGUUACACAUUGACCGCCAAUACAACCCCAUCCUGAUGCCCAGCAGAGAGUAUAAUUACCAUCUUGAUACCAAUAAUAACAAUAAUAAAAACUAUUUGCGGUUUUCCUUCCCCACCUUGAGUGCAGGGUUCUCUGAGAUUGGGAACUUGACGUCUCAAAUGGAGGAUUUCCCGGAGCUGCCCCUGCAGAUGCAGAUGUUUGUGCGCUCCAUGCACUUCAGGGACUACCCUGUCCUCAUUGAGCCUGCUAAACUGUGUGGGCGUGGGCCAAGGAAGGGACAGGGGCCUCUCCUAGUGCUGGCCAUUAAGACCAAGGAUCUGAACUUUGAGAACCGUCAAGCCAUCCGGCAGACAUGGGGCCGGGCGGGAUGGGUGGCAGGGGCGACAGGGAACGGCGGUGUGGUGCGGAGGGUCUUCCUCCUGGGGAAGAACCACGCAGAGCCCCGAGUAGACGUCAGCGAGCUGCUGCAGCUGGAGAGCCGCCAGUACAGGGACAUCCUCCAGUGGGACUUCCACGACUCCUUCUUUAACCUCACCCUGAAGGACGUGCUGCUGUGGGACUGGCUCUCCACCCGCUGCUCCAUGGCACGCUUCAUCUUUAAAGGGGACGACGACGUCCUGUUGCGGACCCCUGCUCUCUUAGACUACCUCCGGGAGCAGACGAUCCUGUCAGGGGGGCCCGGGUCAGAGUUUAUGAAGGGAUUCAUGGUAGGGGAUGUGAUAGGAGCAGCCAGCCCCAACAGAGUCAACACUACCAAGUACUUUAUUCCUGCUAGUUUCUAUAAUGGUCUGUACCCUCCGUAUGGGGGUGGGGGAGGGGUGGUGUACUCAGGGGAGCUGGCCCUGAGGCUCAACCGUAUUUCCCGGAGAGUUCACCUGUACCCCAUUGAUGAUGUCUACGUGGGCAUUUGCCUCCACAGGCUCGGGGUCCACCCCAUCCACCACCCCGCCUUCCUCACCUUCGACUUCCCCAAGAAAGAGGGGGAAGAGCGGUGUGCGUACCACACUAUCUUACUGGUACAUAAACGCAGCCCUGCUCAGGUGAUGAAGCUGUGGUCGGAGAUAAUGAGGAACCAGACAGAGUGCAACAGCACCAUCCUGAGAACUGAGAAGGAGAACAAGAAUACAUUUCUGAUAGAUCCAUUUAGUGUGAAAGACAACAAGGGACAGGAACUUCUGACAGAUCCAUGGGGUAGUUCUGAAAAUUCAGCUCUAUAGUGAGGUAAUCACUGACUGGUAUGAAACUGACUUAAAGCUGCAAUAUGCAACUUUGUGAGUGACCCGACCAAAUUCACAAAUGUUAGCUAUACGAGCUCAGGUG